AUGGAAAACAGCAUAGAAAAGGAGAAGCUAAAUAGCUAUAUACGUACUCUCGCCAAAAGUGCAAAAGCGUUACUCUAUAAAUGUCCUGUUGUUUUUUUUGGCACAGUUCUUUAUCUUAUGUAUGUUAUGACUGUUGGAGAGAAAAUGUUCUCCAGCAAGGCCCCGUUUUCUGACGCAAACACACGCUUUACCAGCACUGUCCUAUUUGUGGCAGCCUCUUGUAUUUCACAGAUUAUGUUUUUUGCGUUUUCCUCGCACACCUCAGGAGUCAUGUCUUCUCCUAUAUCAGAGUCCUUUUUGUACAUACAGGGGCUGCACUGCGCGCUGGCAAAAAGCGUGCCUGCCCCCAAGCUCUUCUCCACUCUUUUUGCGUGCACCGCGCUGUCUGCCAUGCUCACAAGUGCAGGGUUUUUUGCGCUGCGCGCUCUGCGCGCGGACCGCGCCAUACACAAAAUACCGUCUGCCGCCUCCAAGGCGCUGUUUGUAUCUAUUGGGAUUCUGUGUGUGUUUUAUGCAAACGACCGCCUUGAAAACAUAAAGGUGUCUAACGUUCCUAGCUGGGCAAUUUCGGCGGCGUUCAACUCAGUCGGGGUCUGCCUGACGAUUUUCUGCUUUGUGUGCAGAGAGCGCGCCCCGGCGGUGCCCCAGUACAGCGUGCUGUGGAUCGGGGUGCUUUUCACGGCUGCAUUCUAUCUCUGCGCCUGGGCGUGCAGGAUGAGUCUUUCUUCUCUGGUGAGCAGCGGGUGGCUUCUGUGCAACCCCCGCAAGCCUAUUUCCAUGAAGAUCCCCUCCGUGGCUUUUUCGAAAAUCCAGAAGCAGGAGAUUGUGCGGCAGCUGCCUGCGAUUGCAAAAAUAUCCGCGCUAAACCUCUUGCAGUUUCCCAUCAACUUCCCGUCUACCAAGGCCCGGACUGGGGAAAGCACGCAUGUGCGCAAGGAGCUGCUGGCAAACGGGCUCUCCAACGCAAUGUCAAUGUUUUUGGGGUGCACCACAUAUGUUUUGCCCUCCUCGACAAUUGCGGUGUACGAGGCAGGCUCUCGAUCAAAGAUCGACACGCUCCUGUUUGCGGGCGCGCUUGGCCUAGUCACCAUCACGGGAUACAAGUAUCUGUUCUACAUUCCGUUUGUUGUGCUAGAUUUGCUGUUUUUGUGCCUGGGGCUGAACAUUAUUUUUCAGUCAAGCCUGUCGGCAGUCCAGGAGGGGUGGGGCACUUUCGCAUUUGUUAUAUUUAUUUCGCUGACCUCGGUCGCAACCAGCAGCAUUUUGUGGGGUGCUGUCGUGGCAGGUGCCAUGUACGCGCUUAAGCACACCCUCAAACACGGCUUUAACACAUUCACUUUCACAGGUUGCCGCAGGCCGCUUAGGGCCCGGGCACGCCUCCCCAGAUAG